GAUUUUUGACAUGAAUAAAGAGUCCUUACUGGCUGCGCCAUCCAUCUCCCUAUUCCCCUGUCACAACAAUGUUUCUCGAAUCUUGAGCUAAAUCCCACACUUCAGAUCAAAUCAUCCCAGUGGAUCCUGGCUUGCCUGGGGAGAGGGAAUCUCGCUCGCUAUGAGAGUGAUCCAUCUAGUGUGUUCCAUGCCAAUCUUCAUCAUCCACUGAAUCCUCCAUCGGUUUCUCGCUCGCACAUACAUGCCCUUUUCACUCACACCUCUACAGUCUACCCCUCUCUGCUCCUAUAAGUGUCCAGGAUGGCCUGGUACAUUGACCACCUAGUUCUCGAAGCUUACCCCCCUGCUAUGAAGUCUACAGGGCAUUGACUAUCUACGGAAACGCCAUGAAAGAACUGAACUGUUUGGGACAAAGAGCUCUAGAGACAUUGAAGGAGAAUCCUUCACAUGCGUGCUUUUCUUAUAAUAUCUCUUACCCUCUUUCUUCAGUCGAAGAGCUUUCGCGUCGCUUUGUCAAAUUUCAAGCAUUCAGCAUCACCGUCACUCCUUACGCGGUGUAUUUUCGUUCUAUUUCUGUCAUCUUUGUUCUUGUAUUCUUUACCUCACCUUUGACAAUUGUGUGGCUUAUCUGAUAAUUUCCAUCUAUUCACUAAAAACUUUGUUGAACAGCAACCUUUCUUUGUGCAGUCAUUGUCGAGUCACAAUAUACGACAAAAGCUAUUGUCUUCGUGCCUCACAAUAACAUAAAGCAAGAACAAUUGCAAUACAAACUCAGGGGUUUCGUUAUAAUUCAUGAUAUCCGUUUGAUUCAAAAGCAUUUCAGAAAUCACGUUCAGAUAUUCUACAAACCACUUCAAUACUUCCAUUCACAAUUCCACAAAUUUAACCUUUCAAGUUUUUUUUUUGGAACAACCACACGAAGUACAGUCAAUCUUUACAAACGCAAUCAUGCCUUCAGCUCAAGUCUUCAGUCGUAUCGGAGCUGCGUUGAUUCUCGCUGCCGGCAGCGUGAAUGCCGCAUACACUCUUGCCGAUUCAUAUGACCACACAAACUUCUUCUCGGAGUUCAGCUUCUUCUCUGGCGCUGACCCAACCAACGGUCUUGUCGCAUAUCAGAGCGCUUCAUCUGCCAACAAAACUGCACUUGCUGGGUAUACCAACAACGCUGGUGUCAAUUCUGUCUAUCUCGGAGUAGAUCACACCACCUCACUCUCAGGAGCUGCCGGAAGAGCUUCAACUCGUGUUAGCUCAAACAAAGCAUACACACAUGGCCUGUUCAUUGCCGAUAUUGCCCAUAUGCCAGAGGGAUGCGGAACUUGGCCUGCUCUUUGGAGCUUCGGGCCCUCGUGGCCUACGAAUGGAGAAAUCGACGUGAUUGAAGGAGUCAAUGCCGGAACUACAAAUCAAAUGACUCUUCAUACCUCGCAAGGGUGUGUCAUGAGCAACAGCGGAUCCGAUACUGGGACAACUCUCGUUGGUUCAGAUUGCAACGCAGGAGGCGGAAAUACAGGUUGUGGCCAAACAGUCAAAAACACAGCAACCUAUGGUCCAGCCUUUAACGCAGCGGGAGGUGGGGUCUAUGCUUGGGAAUGGACAUCGUCCUACAUUGCCAUCUACUUCUUCUCCCGUACAGCUAUCCCAGCAAACAUUCAGUCUGGCAAGCCAGAUCCCGCCGCUUGGGGAAAGCCGAUUGCUAAAUUCUCUGGCAGCGGUUGCAAUAUCGACAGUCAUUUCAAAUCGCACAACAUCAUUCUCGACACCACAUUCUGCGGAGAUUGGGCUGGGCAAGUUUGGUCAAGUGGUGGUUGCGCAGCUAGUACCAAAGCUGCCACCUGCAAUGCUUAUGUUUCUUCCAAUCCAACUGCAUUUAAGAAUGCUUACUGGAUCAUCAACUCGAUCAAGGUCUUCUCAAGCUAAGCUGCCAAGGAAGACGUCACUCCUAUGGCAUCCGAGUUAUGGAGAAGUUGAUACCUCGGAGAUGCUCUUUUUCUAAUUCAAUCGUUUCUUUCUUUUCAAUUUUACACUUUGAUACUUGUCCCUUUUACACUUCACACUAUGUUUUCAUGAAUAUACCAUGUACUUUAGCUUGCAUUGAUAGAUUCUCUGGCGUUUAGCAAGGAAAUACCACAAUUUCAUUUGCACCUUUGGCAGUUUUGGCAAUCACAUGUAUGUAUGAGGCGUAAGGGCGUUUUGGCUCAAAAUUACCUACGGGAUUGAUAAAUGGUUUACUCAAGAUACCUAUCGAAAUUGGAGGAUACCUUUUUUUACGUACAUGCAUGGUAGAAUAUAUAUAUGUAUACCACUAUUAGCACA